AACUUAGUAUUCGGCGAGUAGUGACAUCGGAAAACGGCGCUCCGGAAGGAUUUAGGAGGAUCUGAGCUGCUACAUAGAGGAACCGUUCUCUUCAUUUGAUGAUUUGCUUGGAUGGAUUUCUAAGAAGCUUUUAAGGAAUACCACCACACUCCGUUACCCCAUUCGGAACUCGAGCGAAGAUUCUGAGGCCAAGGAGUCGCUUAGUAAUCUUGCUACCACCCUCUAAUCAACAGAAAAGGGGUUUCUCCGCAGCAAGAAGCCGAACAACCACCCCGAGAAGAAGUCGGGACUUGGAUCGCUGGUGUGCUUGGUCUGGUGGUGGUGCUUCCUGCUUGACUAGCAGUGAGAGAGACCGAGAGCCACCCGAAAGGAAGGCAAUCCGGAGAAGAUCUUUAGCAGUAGCAACAGCACAGAAGCCUCCCCCCGAACUCAAGAAGGCGAGGGCGCAUUCCAUCUUACAUUUUUCCUUCAAGGAUAAUAAUAGUCGUUGGUUGGUCCUGGUAGAGCGUUUGUGCUGUUUUGCUCGUCGUCGAGUGCGGUUCGGUUUGCUAUUCCAAACUUUUUGGUUCAGCCCAGUCUCACAGUGUAGGAAGCCCAGUCCAAAGUGUGUACAAUACCAAUGAGUGAGUUUUAACUGGAAUCAGAGAGAAGACUGUUUCACAAUCAACAAUGAACACGAAAAGAAAGGCAACCGCAAUGCUGCACAACAGCAAGGACUCAUUAUCCAUGCCUUUUAACAGCGAAACGCCCGAUAAUAAUGGAACACCUGGAGCAACAGCCGGCGAAGAUGCUUACGCAGGUUUAAUCAAAGAUGCAGACAAAUUCAAACUGAUGCUUUUGGCGUGGAACUACCAGAAUUCGGCGGCAGGUAAAUCUCAAAACGGUACCGAAGGACCCGAUCUGGCCACCAUGACCAAUCUUUGGCAGCAGUAUCAGAACGCCCUGGCAAUGAACGCCAAGACAUCCUUUAAUCAGCUACCGAUCCCCGAACGUCAGCAGCCAUCUCCGAUUGAACAACAGGACGAAACGAAUUCGUCGGAGCAGAAAGACGAUGACGACAUAUCGGAGGACGACUCGGAAGAUCGAAUCGAAGCCACAGUUACCGAUCCGGAGCGAUUGAAGGCGUUCAACAUGUUUGUGCGGUUAUUCGUCGACGAAAACUUGGACCGCAUAAUCCCAAUUUCCAAACAACCCAAAGAGAAAAUUCAAGCUAUAAUCGAUUCCUGCACGCGUCAGUUUCCGGAGUUUGCUGAGCGGGCUCGCAAGCGCAUACGGACUUAUCUGAAGUCGUGCCGAAGGAAUAAGAAGACCCGCGAGGGUUGGGAAAACACUGUAAGUGAGUCGCGUCCUACACCGGCUCACUUAACGUCGGUGCAAGCUGAGCAAAUUCUGGCGCUGGCCUGCGAAAAUGAAAGCCUGAACGCCAAACGGAUGCGGAUAGGCCUGGAACCCAUCAGCCAAUCAGUGAAUCAAACAACGGCGGUAAGUUUUAUGACAUCUGAGCCACCGAAUGUUCCGAGUCUGUAUCAGACACUAAAAUGCGAAACGGAAUCCGUACCUGCAGUCAAAACUGAACCGAUGACCAGCGUUCCUAAGAUGUCUCCAAUUCAGAACACUACACCGGAUAUGAAUCAAAUGAAACUGAACAUCCCAAGUGCCAGUGCAAGCUCCACACCCACCAUACCAACAACCGUGCCAACAAUUUCCAACUUCCACGAUUACAACACCGGGUUUACCAACCGUUCGCAACACUAUCAAAACUUCAUGAACUCGGCCACCAACUCCACCAGCACGAGUACAACCAUGUCCGCCACUGGUACUGCACCCACCGAUCUGUCGAUGAAACGACCCAUCCUGGCCCACAAGUUGAACAGUGCUGAAAUCACCGCCGUCAAACAACUGGUGACCGGUUAUCGAGAGAGUGCAGCAUUCCUGAUGCGAAGUGCGGACGAAUUGGAAAACCUCCUCCUGCAGCAGCAGUAAAUCUGCGGCUGUUCACUUUGUAGCGGUUGAAGUUAUCUAAUUUAUUUUACGAAUAGUGAGGAAACCCAAGACUAAACGGGAUGUUACGUUUCAUAUUACAAAACUGAGAAAGAUACCUGUGCGGUAGAAGUUUAGAAAUGAUAAAAACUACACCAGCGGGAAUCGCAAUUAUAUUUAAGUUCUGUAAAAAGUGUUGAAUAAAACGUUAGAAAUUAAAAUUUUCGAAAACUUGCGAAAACAUACAAAACACAGGGUGAUAUAGAACUACAAAGAAAUUAUAUUUAUUUUUGAAUCGAACUACAGAGAAUACGAGUACUAUUAGCAGUGGGAAAGGGGAAAGAAUGACAUUGGCUGAAAGGCAACUGUAUAUGAAACGUACUAUGUAAACUAUGUAAUGUACCGCUAAUUGCAAUUUGCCAAUUCACCAUGACUUACCAAUUGUAACAGCUAGAAAUGCAACCAGAUUAAUCUUUAAAUAUUGAGUAAAUAAUUUUCAGAAGCUAUUCAAUAAAGCUACCACAUUGGUUACCUUAAAAAAGAA